UGGAUCACGAUGGCAGUCACCUUGUACGCCAAACUGCAGAGCUUUGGCGGGGAUGUCACGUCUGUAAAGCCUGAGCGUAGAAAACUUGGCGCGGUCAAGUUGUCCUCAGAAUGCUUGAUAGUGACGCCGAUGUCGACUAUUUGCAAGGUCGCCUUCUGGCAGCCAACGGGGAGGUAAGAAGGGAGAGCUUGAUACGGACGCGACGCCCUGUGCCCUCGAGCAAGCCCUCGUCGAGCCUAUUAUAGGCAACGCCAUGCAGACUUGCAGUUAGAGUUUGUGCCUACGCACACGUGAUGAUGUGCUCGCAGUGACUAGUGAACACUGAGGCCGACCAGAGAAUCAACAGAGAGGACGAGGACACGCACAGGAUGUGCAGUGAUCAUCGACUCGGAGUCCUGAAGAACGGUUCAAGAACCAACCACGGAGAUCGCUUAAGUGAAGCGCCCGGGGAGGAGGAGGAGGAGGAAGGUACUGGGUUGGGGUUACCACGGCGCGCUCGCUCGGCAGCUCCUCGUCGUCCGUUGCAUCGAGCUCGGCCCCAAAACUAUCCUCAGCCAAAGCUUCCGCCGCGAAUGUCCCGUGCAGCGCAGACCAAGAAAGAAUGCAAUCUAUUGACAGAAAAUACGACACUGGAUGCAGUGAGAUUCCGACAAACAUGUGAAAGGCCGAUCCAACAGACUCCAGGACAGCGAGAGGCACAUAAUCCUUCACGCACCAUCAUUCUCGCCUACCUUCACAGUGCACAACUCCCUCAAACUCUCCCAGUCCGCCGCCGAGCUCGACUCUUGUUCGCCCGGGACCACGACCAGCGUCUCCAGUUUACCACGUCCGCUCAUACUUCGCACCGCCAUCUCCACUGCAUCCCUCAGCGGCUUGUCGAAUCCUCCGCCAGGGCAGACGAUCUCCAGGCGCGUGAGGGAGGGCCCGAACUUCGCUUCGGGCGCGAGGCAGAGCGCGGUCACGCACUCCUUAACAUCGUGCGCGGUAAGCUCGACGAGGCGCAGUAUGCGCAAGUUCCGCAUGGGCGGUGCAAGAAAGUCCCAACUACCGUGCGACAUGCUGAUCAGGGCUCCAUGCAGAACGAGCGUGUGCAGAGCGGUCAUUCUGGCGGGAACGCCCUCGAGAAUAGACAACGUAUAUUCCGGACGCGCGAAGGGGAGUCUGACUCUGAGGGUCACCUCGUGGUUCUGCAACGCUCGGCCAGUGGAGGUUGACGGGUUGUGGUCUGUGGAGACCUCCGCGCUGGGAGUGGCGUAGCCGGUGAAGACAAAUUGGUCGGGAGAAGGUGCAUAAAGCUCGAGGGUGUGUACCAAACUUGAGAAACUGUCGGUCUUGGCGCCGGCAGAGACAACAUUGUGUGUAUCCUGUAUGCUCUCAAUGGGAACCCUGUCGACAACCACGGCGGUGGUGAUCUGCUUGGUCGCUGCAGCUGGGAGGGAGAGACGCCGUAGGAAACGACUGGCGUCCAUGAUGGCCUGCCCAAAGAGGAGUAGACGGGCGAGAGCAGGAAGAGCAAU